GAUUAUAAGAGAAGGUCAAUCUUGUUCGUCUCUUGUGCCCUCGAUUGUGCCCAGUGUCACCGACCAGACAAGCGGGGGUUGCGGUAUUUAUCAGCCCAGGCCCCUGUUAGCAUCUCAUCUAGCCCUAUGCACAUCCACAUCCUGCGCAACGCUGGCCCGUUGAUCCUUGUUCGUUGCGGGUCAGCCCAGCAAAGCAGCGCCUGGUUGGCUCGAAUGCUGAUUUGAUUUGAUUUAGAUUCCAUCACAGCUCCGAUUGCCAGGUGCUGUGGAGUCCUUCUGAUGCCCGCCCAGAUCGCAUCGAGUCCAGAUCGUGGCCCAUGUGGGCAUCGACUCUUCCACAGGCGGAUUCUGCCGAGGCGCGAGCAGCACAAAAGUCUUUUCCCUCUUUUUCUCUUUGGCCCUCUUGUUCGAUGGCUUCUUGUCCUAGGCCGCCGGACCGUUGUCUUGAAAUGGGUUAGAUGGCUCGGUUCGUCGUGGGACUAUUGCCCUCGGCUGCGUCGAUACACCCAUGGUAGAGACGGCAUACGCCUUGUGCAAGCAAGCAUGGAUGGUGGUGGUACGCAGAUUUGUGUAGUCGAGUCCUGCUAAUGCAUGCGGGUUCAUACGCGGACUUGGCCUGGCAAUCUUUCUCCAUCCAUCCAUGCUGCGCUCGAGGCCGCCUUUGGUCCCGGACCCGUGGCUGCGGCCUUUCUCUCCCAUGUGCUUAGCCGAAGCGUUGUCGACAGACUCUCCUCGGCUGGUGUCUUGAGUCUGUGAUGCUUGGAUCUAGGAAUAUGCCUCUCGUUUGAUCAACUGCUUUUCUUUUUCUUUUUCUUCCUUGCCGACGUCGAAGUCAUCGGUA